CCCAAUGCCUGGCUGCUGCGCCACUGUGCGAGCUGGAUGGAGAGGCUCAGUCAGGAGCCGCAGCCUGAGAGCUGGAGACUUCCCAGGACACCCGCCUGCACAGCAGCAGCAGCAGCCUCAGCACUAACACCUGUUCCCAGGCAGCAGCAGCCCAUGCGCCUUCCUGAUCCCUCCUGCAGCAGCAGCACCUCUGCAAGCAAGACCCCUGCAGCAGCAGCAGCACCUGAAAAGUUUCCUCUCUAUUUAUUCAGCUCCCUGUUAUUAUUUCAUGCCCUCUCUAGCUGGGGAUUCAUGCUGAUCUAUGCAGUCUGGGAUAGACUAAUAACAGCGCAUGCCUUUCUCUGCUGUCAGGAGCCAGAAUUCUGACGUAGCCUAUGGUGUGUGCAUCUUACACACUCACCAAAAAAAAAAAAAAAAGAGAGAGAAAUCCACUGAUCGCCUGGCUAAUUAAGUUGCUAUGAGCAUUGUGAUCCCUGAGCAAAUGGGGAAACUAGGGAUUUUAACCCUGCCUGCCAUUGGAUGGACUGCAGAGCUGCCAGACUGCUGAGAGCUGUGGGAUAAUCAUGUGGAAGGAGAAAGAUGUCAGUGUGUGAGCUCCUCAGACUAGCACAGGCUUGACCUUGAACCUGCCAGCACAACCUGUACUUUUAUUGAUGCACUGAAUGGAUUGAUCUCCCUAAUCUCUCUCUCCCUGUGGAUACAGUAUAUAUAUAUAUAUAUAUUUUAUACACACACACCUGAGCUCAUUAUCUGCUUAUUCAUCAUCAGGGUGAGAGAGAGAGAGGAGAAAGAGCUUCUUCUGAUGGCUCCCCUGGGUGAAGUUGGCAACUAUUUCGGUGUGCAGGAUGCAGUGUCUUUUGGGAAUGUCCCCGUGUUGCAAGUGGAUACCCCUGUGUUGUUAAGUGACCACAUGAGCCACUCUGAUGCAGGGGGGCUCCCCAGGGGCUCGGCGGUCACCGACCUGGAACACUUAAAAGGGAUUCUCCGAAGAAGGCAGCUCUAUUGCAGAACUGGGUUUCAUUUGGAAAUCUUCCCCAAUGGGACUAUCCAAGGGACCAGGCAAGAUCACAACCGAUUUGGGAUUCUAGAAUUUAUCAGUAUAGCCGUGGGCCUGGUCAGCAUCCGAGGUGUGGACAGUGGACUGUACCUUGGGAUGAACGAGAAGGGGGAGCUGUAUGGGUCGGAAAAGCUGACGCAAGAGUGCGUGUUCCGAGAGCAGUUUGAAGAAAACUGGUACAACACCUAUUCCUCUAACCUUUAUAAACAUGCGGACACUGGGCGGAGAUACUACGUAGCGUUGAAUAAAGAUGGGACUUCGCGGGAUGGGACUAGGACUAAACGGCACCAGAAAUUUACCCAUUUUUUACCGAGACCCGUGGACCCUGAAAAAGUACCUGAACUUUAUAAAGAUAUUUUAAGCCAAAGUUGACAAAGACAAUUACUUCACUCGAGCCUUUAAAAAAAACAAAAAAAAAACAAACAAACAUAAAACAAAAAAGGUUACCACUAUAAAAGGUUUCACGCGGUGAGUUCUUAUUGAUUAGCCGGGUCAUCACAUCAGCUACACUGUUGCCAAACUUUUGUCGCAUGCAUAAUGUAUGAUGGAGGCUUGGAUGGAACAUGCUGAUUCCGUUCUGCACUUAAAGGUUUGUCCUCCUGGAAGAAAGGCUGUGUCCACUCGCUUGACUUAUUACAAGGCUGAGAACAAAAAGAUAUAUAAAUCACACUGCGAAGCAAGGAGGAAUGAGGCCUGAUGCAUGCUGGGAAAUAGACAUGCUUAUACAUUUUUGAUCAGUUUUUGCCAUACUUCAAUUCAUCUGGAUUUUUUGGCUGAAGGCCUGCUCAAGUGUACGCGCAUUUACAAAGGCAUGGAUGGGUGCAGUCUUAAAAACAAAAAAAAAGACUUUUCAGUUGAUUGCUUGUUGGGUUGUCGUUCCUAACAAGCAUCAAUCAAAGACCUCUUAGUAAAGAAAGUAGAAAGGAAAAAAAAAAGCAAAAAAAAUAAAAAUAAAAAACACAAAAAAGUUAAAUUUAUUUAUAGAAAUUCCAAAGGCUACAUUAUAUUUAUUUUAUAUAUUUAUUUAUUAUAUAGAGUUUAUUUUUAAUGAAAUAUGUACAGGCCAUAUAGGCAUUUUCGAAGCUUUAGGCUCUGUAAACAUUAAAUGUUAAAGGCCAUUAUAAACCUGUGGUUAAAAUUCAUGCAAGUCUAUUAUUAUGGUGCAUGGAUUAAUGUAACAAAAUAAUAUCAAAACCAACCUAUGUGACCCUAAAGGUGACAAUCUACUUUGUGCCCAUAACUUUGUAAACGUAUGAACACCGUUCAUGAAAUAUAGGGGUUUAUUCUUAAAGCUCCAAAGUGCCUGGCUGUCCUGUGAGAAUCCAUGACCGCCAUAUUCAUUUCAGUUGACCUAGAGGGCAUUGUGGCCUUUGGUGCUUACAGAAUAUACUUUUUUGAAGUUCUACCAUUAGAUAGCUGCUUGCUUUUAUCAAAGAACAGAUCUGGGUUGUUUAGAAACUCCACCCCUUGCAAUCCACAGCUGUUCUGCAAUAGGAAUCUGUCAGCUCCCAGUUUAGGAGAUCUGUCUUUGGGAAGGUUCAAGCAGGAUUGCACCGAAGACUGUACUUACUGUGGCCCACCAGCAAAGCAGAAACUGAAGGUAGAAAGAGUGUAGAGAACCUUAAUGAUAAUAUCCACUGAAUUGUGGCUGUGGGAUAGCUGGUAUAGUAGGGAGAGUGCAGUGCCUAUAGUAGAAGUAGAGUUAUCAACCUCUAAAAAUGGAUUGUGGCUCUGGGAUAGCAAGUUUAGUAGGGAGAGAUGGUGUCUAUAGUAGCAGCGGGAUAAUAGUCUCUGGGAAGGGAGUGUGGCUGUGGGAUAGCAGGUAUAGUAGGGAGAGAUGUGCCUAUAGGAGAAGUAUGGAUAUCAGCCUCUAAAAACGACCUCUGGCUGUGGGAUAUCAGGUACAGGAGGGAGAGAUAGUCCCAAUAGUAGCAGUGUCAUA